UUCAGUGAGCGCGAGCAAGGUUCUUAGUGAGGACGUCCUGGCGCCGUAAGAACUGGUCUAAGACUAAGGACGACAACACUGUUGUUGAAGAAGGAAGGAAGCACCGCGUGGACUAGUUUAAGCGGAUUCAUUGACACAUGACUGCAUGAAUGAGCAGCAAGGAGAUUUGAUUCACGGAAUCUUCGCAGCUCGCAAAUCCACACGGAACCAAGCCAACAAACCCAGGGAGCGUUUCUUCGUGGAUCCGUCUCAAUGCUGGACAAGUUCAAGCCCGUGGCCCACAUCGAGUCGGUAAUGGCGAUCAGCAAGACAGUAAGUUGGCUCCGGGAGCAGCUGGAUGCUCGCAGGGACUGUCUGCUGGUGAUGGACUGCCGCAGCCAGGAGCUGUACGAGUCGUCGCACGUCCACAGUGCCAUCAACGUGGCCAUCCCCAGCCUCAUGCUGCGCCGCCUCAAGAAGGGCAACCUGCCCGUUAGAGCUCUCCUCUCCGACGGCCCGGAUCGGGAGAGGUUUGUUCGCCGCUGCAAGAGUGCCACCAUCGUCCUCUACGACGAGUACAGUCGAGACUGGAACGAGAACGUGGACGGAGGCUCCGUGCUGGGGCUGCUACUCCGCAGGAUGAAGGACGAGGGCUACAAGGCCUACUACCUGGAGGGUGGCUUCAGUAAAUUCCAAUCCGACUUUCCCAACCUGUGCGAAACCAACUUGGACGGCUCAUCUAACAGCAGCCCCCCCGCGGCACAGGUGCUGGGACUGGGCGGGCUUCGAAUCAGCUCGGACUCAUCAGACAUUGAGUCCGACGUAGACCCGAGCAGCGCCACCGACUUGGACGGAAGCCCGCUGUCCAACCAGCAGCCGUCCUUCCCCGUGGAGAUCCUGCCUCAUCUCUACCUGGGUUGCGCCAAGGACUCCACCAACCUGGACGUUCUAGAGGAGUACGGCAUCAAGUACAUCCUCAACGUGACCCCUAACCUGCCCAACCUCUUUGAAAACGCCGGGGAGUUCAAGUACAAGCAGAUUCCCAUCUCGGACCAUUGGAGCCAGAACCUGUCACAGUUCUUCCCGGAGGCCAUAGGCUUCAUCGACGAAGCUCGGGGUCAAAAGUGCGGGAUCCUGGUCCACUGCCUGGCAGGCAUUAGCCGCUCUGUGACGGUGACGGUGGCCUACCUGAUGCAGAAGCUCAACCUGUCCAUGAACGACGCCUACGACAUUGUCAAGAUGAAGAAAUCCAACAUCUCACCCAACUUCAACUUCAUGGGCCAGCUGUUGGACUUUGAGCGCACGCUGGGCCUGAAGAGCCCCUGCGACAACCGCAUGGCCGCUCCCAGCCAGCCACUGUACUUUACCACCCCCACCAACCACAAUGUCUUCCAGCUGGACCCCUUGGAGUCCACGUGAGAACUUACCGGCGCUGCCCCUGCCUCUCUCUUUGAAAACCAAGGUUUUGUGGGCCUCUGAGGUCUGGAAACGUUCUGAGAAGUUUCUCUUUUUUGUCCCGCCGCCCCGCCAUGCGACUGGGCUCUUAUUGACACAGCUGGAUGCAGGCGACAGCUGCUGAGCGGUUCUGAAAGGCCGAGGAGGGCCGCUUCUAGAAAGAGGACAAAGUGGACAGUUUUUGUGUAAAAACUGCACUUGGCUCGGUGUGCCAAAGAUUGUUCAAAGUGGACAUUUUGUCUAUGUUUGAUUCUCAACUCAAACAGCUCCAGGACAUCUGGACUCGUCUUCUGUGAAGACUUACCCGGGUGGGGGGCCGACUUAUGCCAGUGUUACGAUGGCACAAAGCGGACCGGUGGAGUCUUUUUAUCAUACAAGUGUACAUAGCGGAGACGGGUGGACAGUGGACACAGUGGGGACUCCAUGUUUGGUCUUUUACUUUGACAUGUUCAUUACUAUGUUGAUUAUGCCAAAAAACAAUCAUAAAGGCGUGUACAUGUGUAACAUAUUUAUGUCAUGUCAGCCAAUGGGCCUUGUUAUUGCACCUCCUUCUUCACAAAUCAGUCCGAUACGGUUAGUUUGCCUUACUUUUAACCUCCAGCGGACACCGACCAUGUGCACUUGUCGUGUGACCCCCCCCCCCCUUGCCCCCUGCAGAGGACUGGUGGUGAUGGUGAUGUGGGUCCCUGGAGACUAACAGCAUCAGGAAAAAUGUGUGUGUGGAGAUGAUGAUGAAAGUAGAAGAAUGUGGAUCCUUCCAUAGCCCUGUCUCCUCCUCCUAUGAAUGUAAAGAAAAUGAUAAAUUAUUAUUAUUAAAUGGAUAUUUUGUCUAUA